AUCUCAUCCUCAUCCUCACCUCCUAGCCACCGCUACCCCCCCAAAAAAUGGCAACCUCCCUCCCCCUACCAGCGAUAUCGUCCCUCUCAGACGUAUCAGAUUUCAGUAAAACUGUGACCCCUUUCCUUCACCAACUCUCCAUUUCCCACAUUCAACCGCUCUUCACUGGUCAAGUGCCCAUUAAAGAAUGGUACCUAUCGACCAACCCACUGAUAACCGCCGCGCACUUUGCCCUUGCGGUGACCCUGGUCGUGCUCGUCUUCAGCGAGAUUAACAGGAACUACUCCCAGGUUGAUCGUGUGUGGAGCCUGUUGCCGUCAAUUUACAUCGGCCAUUACACGCUGUUUGCUCGUAUGAACGGGUUGGAUACACGGAGGCUUGAUACGCUGACUGCUUUCUCGCUGCUUUGGAGUGUGAGCGUCAAACUGUGGCAGUGAUGGGAAUAACCCGAGAGCGAAGUGGGGCUAAUCGUGAUUGUGGAUGCAGAUUAGGCUAACUUACAAUUACUGGCGUAGAGGUGGGUACAACAUUGGUUCGGAGGAUUAUCGCUGGUACGUUAUACUCCACCUAUGCCAUCCCCCCCUUCCCCCUUACCGAAAUAACAGGCUCUUUUAGGGAGAUUGUCCGAAAAGGCGUCCCCCGUUGGGCCUUCAUCCUCCUAAACAUAGUCUUCAUCUCCUUCAUCCAGAACGCCCUCCUAAUGAUGAUCACCGCCCCGGCCUACCUACACCUCUUAGCCUCCACCCUCCCCACCCUCCCCGCCUGGUCCCUCACCGACCUCGUACUCUCCCGCGGCCUCCUCCUAGCCCUCCUCUUGGAGGCCUUUGCGGACCAACAACAGUGGGCUUACCAAAGUGCUAAGACGGCCUACCUCACCACUGGCGUUGUACCACGAGGCUGUGCCAAAGCCGACCUGGACCGUGGCUUCGUAGUUACUGGCCUAUGGUCAUUCUGUCGCCACCCCAAUUACACCGCUGAGCAGGCUAUCUGGGUGCUCGUGUACCAGUGGUCGUGCCUGGUUUGCGACGAGCUCUGGAAUUGGACUGCUUUGGGCGCGGUGGCGUAUAUGGCAUUGUUCCAGGCGAGCGUUAGGCUGACGGAGAAGAUUACUGUGGGGAAGUAUAAGGAGUAUAAGGAGUAUCAGAAGAUGGUUAACAAAUUUGUGCCGGGUUUGGGAGCGUUUACUGGGGCAUUAGAGUUUGACGAGAGGAAGGAUAAAUAAUUGCCUUCCCCCCGUUCGCUCCCUCUUGUCAUGCAAUAUGGUUUCUUUCGCCGCUCGGAUUACCAGUGCUUGCGCUGGUAAUCCCCCUUAAUUUUUAUCAUGCCCUUUUUUCCUUUCUCUUUCAUUCUUUCACCGCACUGUAAAUAUCCCGAAAUCACAUUGCUUUAUGUAG